GCCCUCAAGCCAGCUGCUGCAGGCUGUUGCAACAGCCGGCAAGCGCCUGCCCUGGGCGCACCUGGCCGCACGCGAGGAGGCAGCGGCCGGGAUGGGGGUCAGCACGAGUGGGCGGGGUGCAGAUGGAGACCAGACGGAUGCGGAGACGAGGCGGGGCAAGCAGCAGCAGUCGGCGGCUCAGGACUGGUCGUGGCUGGCCUCUCCGCCCUGGGGUGUGGUCCCGCUGCCGCCGGAGCUGGCGUGCCGGGUCGGCCCACAUGGGCGGCUGCGGCCCGGCGCAUGCGGUGCCGCCGAGGCCAUUGCAACACACGCUGAGUCAGUCGCCUCAGCCUGUCCUCCGCAUGCGCACCUGGACCCGCGCUGCGCUCAGCUGCACACACAGCUGCACCGCAUGGCGGCGGCCGUGCAGCAGGUGCUGGCGGUGGCAGCUCUGGCUACUACAGGAGGGACGGCUUCAGCCGCAGAGGGCGGGGCUGCCGCAGCGCCUGAUAGCGUGGCCAAGCUGCAUGCUCUGACACCUGUAUGGGUUGGGAACAUGUUAGUGUUCGGCGGCCAGGCGGCCGCAAUUUCAGAACUCGCAGCCCGGAUAUCCACGCUUGCCACGACAGCCGCUGAAGCACUGUCAGACGGCCCCGGCUGCCAGCGUCCGACUCGGGACCCGGCGGUGUUGCUGGGGGCGACCAGCGCGCAGCAGACGGCCUUGCAAUUGGUAGAUGUGGCCUUCGGGCGGUCCGUCAUUGACCAUAGGGAGCGCUGGGAAGCUUGCAAUCGGUUGCAGCCGGUGCUGGAAUGCGGCUUGCUGGAGCCCCACUUGCUGUCCUCGAGUGGGCCCACAUCCGGGCGGGAGCAGCAGCAGCAGCAGAGCCGGGGCCAGCAUGUCGUCAUGGCGGCGUGGCGCGGCGAGCGGCAGCAGGUGCAGGAACUGCUGGUGUUUCUGACGAAGGGGCAGCCGCAGCGGGAGCUGGGGGCAGGCGGCCAGAGCCCCUGGCGGGGGCUGUGGAAGCGCAUGGAGGGCUGGGCUGCCGACCGCCGUAGCCAGCAGUGGGCCUGGCUGUUGCAGAUGGCCGCGGCUGGCGAGGAGGCGGAGGCGGCGGUGGGUGUCGGCGCCGCCGGUGCCGCGGGGCAGGAGGACGCGCAGGUGGUCCGCGCAUGGGGAGAGGCAGCGUCUGAGGUGCUAAGGGGAGCCACCUGCUGGCUGGGGCUUUACGCCGUGCUACGGGCCGGGCUGCACGCCGAGGCGUCGGCCGCCGGCCACUACAAGGCCCUCAACUUCGAUGCCAAGCGUUUUCAGGCGUUGGCGUGUGAGCUAGACCCGUUUGUGAUGGCGCCGGCCUUCCCCAUGUUUCUCCUAGCGCGGGCAUUGGAGCCCAAUGAACCCGCGUCACCAACUGACUUCUACAACGCAUUGCUGCUCGGCCAACUGCCCGACCUCCCGGACCUGCAUUGGCCAACCGCCGGGCCCGCCGCCAACCGGUCGCCCGCCGCGCGCCGCCGCCGGGACGGCGGCCCGCCGCCGCCGCCACCCCUAUCGUACGCUCACUGCCUGGAGGUGAUGGAUGGCUACCUGCGCGAGCCGCACGCAACAAUCGCCAUGUUCAGAGCCCUGUGGCACAGGGAUAAUCAGCACGUCAGCACUGCAGUGGGCGAGCUGAUCCGGAGCUGGCAGGACGCCUGGGCUGCUGCUGACACGGCGGCGCAGGAGGAGGAGCUAAAGCUGCAGAGAGGCCGGGCUCUGGCUCACGAAGUGUGGCGGCGCGGCGGCAGCGGCGGCGGCGUGCUGUCGGACCAAAGCGUACGGCACGUGCUGACUAAGCUGGAGGCCAUACACGAAGCCGCCGCAGAUGCAGCGGCAGUGGGCGACGGCGGCGAUGGCCUUGAUGCCGUACUUGCCGGCCUCGCCGGCGGCUGGGGCGAGUUCUACAUUAGCGAUGAGGAGGUGGCGGCGGCACAUGACGACCUCGCCCUGUACGCCAGGAGUGCGGGCGUGGUCGAGGCGCUGGCGGCGGUGCACGAGUGCCGGCCGGCGGCGGCGGCGCUGGCGGCGGCGCUACGCGCGCUGAAGCUGCUGCGCAUUGUGCCGGGAGCGGUUCCACCAGCCUCCUACCUUACCCCGGAAGCCGCAAGGCUGGCGAACGCGGGAGUGGCGGCGGCGCCGUUGCCGCCGCCACUUGUGGCGGCCGCCCUUAUGGCGGCGGCCGGUGGCGGCUGCGACUUGGUGCGGCUGCGUGUGCCACCGCCGGGCGACGAGGACGUCAACGCGGCCGCGCUGCUUCUGGGCAUGAGCAUGCACACGCUGGCCUAUGCGCCGGCGACGGCUGCGGCCGGCACCCACCUGCUGUUCCAGCCGGCCUUCUGUGAGUGCGCCGCGCAGCCGCAGGCAGCGGGCGCUGCUGCGGGCAACGUACGAGCGGCACCGAGCGGCGUCAGCGGCGGCCGUGGCGGUGGCGUCCGUGGCGGCGGUGGCGGUAGCGGUGCCCGGGAGAUAGAACUGAAUGUGUGCCGUGCGUUCAAGCCGGAUUGGCCGCAGAGCGAUGCGGAGGCGUGUGCUUCCAAGUGGCCUUACCCCUGGCUGGCCGUUCGCGAUGUAGCGGUGGCGCAAUGGACGGACAAGACAACGGUUCCGGAGAUGGUGUUGUUCCUGCGGCUCAACCUGCUCGAGCGGCAUCUGGGCAUCUGCGCGGCGGGGGUGCAGGGCGUGGCGGCGCUGGCGCGAGUGCUGACCGCCGUGGCAAAGCUGCGAGAGGAGCUGUGCCGGCCGUCUGGCGCCAAAGCCGCAGCCGCGCCACCAGCUCGCGAUUUUGCAGUGCAGAUCAACCGGGUGCUCGAGUACGGAGACGAGACGGCAGCCACAGGCGAGAGCAGCGGCAGUGGUCAAAGUCACUGCGCAAACGGCAGGAGCGAUGGCCAGCAGAGCGGCGGCGGCGUGGCAGAUGGGGCGCACAGUUCCCGCGUUGACGCGCUGCCGCUGGAGCUUCUGACGCACAACCUCUCGGACGAAGCAGCACAUCGAGCGCCGCCACUCCCAUCGGGGGCGCAGCGGCGGCAGGUGCUGACGGUCCCAGCGCCGCCAAUGCGGCGGGGCCGCGGCACCGGCAGCGGCACCGCCACCGGCAACGGCACCGGCAACGGCGUCAACGGUUCGCCGCAGCACUCGCAACCCGCGGGGGCGCAGCCCCAACAGUCGCAGACGGUGACAAUGGUGGAGCUGGUGCCUGAGGCUGCAGGGGUUGAGUACGACCCGAGCACCUUGCAGGACCCCGCGGUCAGCAGGCAGGCGGCGCAACUGCUAGCGACGCUGGCGAACGGGGCGUUGGCUGACGUGGAGCUGGCCGCCGCGGCGGUGCUGUGUCGGCUGCGGCAAGCGGAGGGUGCGGAGGAGCAGCAGGAGGAGCAGGAAAGCGCAGGGCAGCGGCGGCGCAAGGCGCAGCAGCGGAGGCUGCCACGUCACUGCCUGAAGCUGGACGUCUGGAUCCAUGAGGUGGCGCCCGGGCGCCCCUGGGAGCUGGUGUUGCCGCCGGCGGAGCGUGUGGCGGACUGGAACAAAAAGAUGGGGAAGCUGGUGCUGGCCGCGAAGCGCUAAGGCAGCAGGUGGACGGCCGGAAGGUGGGUGUGCUGGGGUGGACCGCUGCCAGAGCAGUCGCGCCCUGCGAGCCCCCAGCAUGCAGGUGACAGCAACCGCAGUGGUGCAAUGACCGUGUGUGUGUGUAUGUGUGUAUGUGUUGGUGUAGUGAUGGUGUGCGCGUUUGAGUAUGGUUUAAUGUGUUGACAUGCACCCUCAUGUAGGGUUUCGCAGGACGCGCUGCAGCCGCUGCCAUGUUGUACCUUUAGGUAGCGUUUUGAAACACUUCAGAUUGCUCGGACCGUUGUAUUUGCUAUGCAUUAUAUUGUUUUCGAUAUAUGCUUAAGGCUGCCGUUAUUUGGAUAUAUGCUUGAGGCUUGCCUGGUGGGCGGCGGAGGCCCCACGAGCGGCCCUCCCCUCGCGCCCCCCCCCCCAGGAACCGGUUCCACUGAACCGGUACCCCCCGGAACGGUGCACGGCGCCCCGCGUAUAAUCCCUAGUGGGCGGGUGGACGCCCCACGAGCGGCCCCCCCGCUCUUUGAGUAAGCAGGAUGACGCGGAAUCGUUUGAUGGUUGCCAAGUUCUUUGCUUGGCGGGAUGGACAACUACCGUCUUAUCUCUCGGCGGCCCCUGAAAAAUUGGUCAGAGAUGUUUGUAUGGGUGUUGCGUGCGUCAUGACGCUAUGGAGACAAGGUGUGUGGUAGCGAUGCUGUGCAAGGAUCCUAGCGAUGCGGAGUGGAGGUGGAAUGGCUACCCCAAAAGUGUUACUGUACGGUAGCGAGUGGCCGGAGUUGUGGUUUACUAGUGGCAGGAGUUGUGGUCUGAUUGUGGCGCCAGUUGGUCAAACUGAGGACUGAGAGCAGAUGCAUAGCAGGAGUAGUUCUAGUAGUUCCAGCACGGUGCAGGAGGCCACAGAAGGGAUGAGGGCCACAGAACGUAACUGAUGAACAUAACGGAAACCCCCGGAUUUCCGGGCAAGGAAACGCCAGUCUGAAUAAAGUUUGGAUUUUGGUUGACUGAGUCGGAUUUCCUCUCUGACUGUACGCCUUUGUCGGCAAGUAGUUCGGGUGAAUGGAUGAGGCGGUGUGGCUAGUGGCUAAUUGGGCGCUUUGAUGCCCUAGUGCCGAUACGGAUCACGGCGGGCAGGAGCAGAGCACAUCAAUGGCAGGGGGGGAGCUGGGCGCGUUCGGCGGUACAAGGAAGACAAGAGGGACAUUCCGUGCAGAUGGUUGCGAUGAGAACUCUGCCACUGUGUCCACGCAUUCACUUCGCGGUUCGCUGAGCGCAAGCAUGCACUAUGUAAGGUGCGAUCAGU